AUGAUUAUUCUGUCUACGCUGAGCGCCGCUUCCGCCUCCGCUGUCCUGUCGUCCUCGCCGAUGCCAGUUGCAGACAUGAUGGACGAAUGGUCGCGAUUUGGUACACCUCGCCACUCCUCUCCGUCCGCUCUGGCCCCGUCGUCGCAGUCAGCUGUCAUCCCCGUCCUGCUGGUCGUUCUGACCAACGGUCACAAAUUUGUUUUCUGUCAUCUUGGUGCUACUCUCAAACUUGCAUACUUUGUACGAUCGUCAUUCACUCUCAGUGGAAGCUCUGUCCAGUGGUGUGCUACCCAUCCACCGGUCGUUCUGUUCGUUUUUCUAAUCCUGCGGCUUCUGUACCUACCAUCCUGGACUCGACUGUUCAACCGGCCCGGCGACAGUGGACCGUAG